CACUCGGUCAUAUACAACUUUGCAGUUUGACCAGAUUAAUUGAACGACCUGACGGUAUGGUUAUGUCCUGUGAUCUUAAGUGACCCAGACUUUGAGAUCAAGGUUAGUCGUGCGUGAAGUUUCUUACGUCGGGUUCCUCCAGUCUAACACUUCAAUUGUUUGAAUAGAAAAGCGAUAAAGGUAUAUGGAGUGAAAAAUGAUCAAGUUACUGAUGUUAUCUGUAAUGUGGGCAGCAUGUUCUGCUAUGCCCACAAAAAACAACGAAGCAACAUGUGGAUAUGAGUCGUGUCAUCCAGUGAAAGAAGGGAUGAUAAAUGUCCACAUAGUCGCACAUACACACGAUGACGUUGGAUGGUUGAAGACUGUGGAUCAAUACUAUUAUGGAAGCAAAUCAUCCAUCCAAAAAGCUGGAGUUCAAUACAUACUGGAUUCUGUGACUGAUGCUUUAAAGAAGAACCCAGAUAGAAGAUUUAUCUACGUCGAAACUGCAUUCUUCUGGAAAUGGUGGAUGAACCAACCGGAUCAUAUAAAACAUCAGUUCAAACGUUACGUGAACAGCGGUCAAUUAGAGUUCAUUGGAGGAGCUUGGAGUAUGAACGAUGAAGCCACUACUCAUUAUCAGUCUAUUAUUGAUCAAUUUACUUGGGGUUUGAGAAAACUCAAUGAAACUUUCGGAUCAUGUGGUCGACCAAAAUUGGGAUGGCAAAUCGAUCCAUUUGGCCACAGUAGAGAGAUGGCCUCAAUAUUCGCUCAGUUAGGUUUCGAUGGACUACUGCUUGGUAGGAUAGAUUAUCAAGAUAAGGGAAACAGGUUCAAAACACGUACACCUGAAGUUGUUUGGAAAGGCAGUGAUAAUUUAGGAGAAGCAGCACAUCUUUUCACUGGAGUAAUGUACAACACAUACAGCCCACCUAGUGGAUUCUGCUUCGAUAUUCUUUGUGAAGAUGAGCCAAUUAUAGACGAUGUCCACAGUCCAGAUUACAAUGUAGAUAAAAGGGUUAACAAUUUUCUGAUUAAGUUGCAACUGAUGAGGGAACAGUACAGUACUGACAAUAUUAUUGUAACGAUGGGGGAUGAUUUCAACUAUCAAGAUGCCAAUACAUGGUUCACCAAUUUAGAUAAAUUGAUACACUAUGCCAAUCUGAGACAGGCAAACGGAUCACAGUUCAAUUUGAUUUAUUCCACACCUUCGUGUUAUGUCAAAGCCGUACACGAUGAAGCUGAAAAAAAAGGUAUGAAAUGGAAGACGAAAUCUGAUGAUUACUUCCCUUAUGCCUCUGAUCCACAUUCAUUCUGGACCGGGUAUUUCACCUCCAGACCAACGAUAAAAAGAUUCGAGAGAAUUGGAAAUAACUUCUUGCAGGUUUGCAAACAACUUUAUUCGCUGGCUGAUCUGGGACCAGAGGACCAAGUAGAUUUAAAUGCUUUGAGGCAAGCGAUGGGUGUCAUGCAACAUCAUGAUGCUGUUACGGGAACUGAGAAGGAACAUGUUGCACAUGAUUAUGCCAGAAUUCUAACUGAAGGAAUCAAAGAAUGUGAAAUUAUCACAUCAGCAGCUCUGAAUAAGUUAAUAAAGAACCAGUCAUCUGAAGAUGUGGAUAUAAAGUUCUCCUCCUGUCCCCUAGCCAAUGUGAGCUCCUGUUCCUUCACUGAAAAUACAGAAACCUUCACAGUCACUGUCUACAAUCCUCUAAGUAGGCCUGUUAAUCAUUACGUCAGGUUCCCCAUUUUGGGUGAAGCCUAUAGAAUAACAGAUGAUGCAGGUGUUCAAAUUGAAACUCAGCUAGUACCCAUAGCAUCAUCUGUUCUCUCUAUACCUGGUAGAAAAAGUGAAGCCACAAUGGAUCUUGUCUUUAGGGCCUCAGAAAUACCACCACUUGGAUUCAAGUCUUAUUAUGUUGAGAGCGUGAAGAAGGAAGAAGUUACUGCACCUAAAAUGAAUGAAGAUGACUAUACUGGUGUUAAACUAGAAAUUGACCAAACCACGGGAUUAAUAGCAUCGGUCACAAUGAACAACAUCACUGUUUCUCUCACCCAACAAUAUCUUUACUACGAAGGAUACAUAGGAAACAACGAAAUUUUCGUAAAUAGAUCUUCAGGUGCUUACAUUUUCCGUCCUAGGAACAAUGAACCUAUAGCAGCAUCAAAUAGAGCCAACUAUACAAUUCACCGUGGUAAUCUGGUGACAGAAAUCCAUCAGAAGUUCAACGAUUGGAUAAGUCAAGUCGUUAGGAUGUACAAGGAAGAAAAUGUCAUUGAAUUUGAUUGGGUAGUUGGACCUCUGCCUUCUGAGGACACGUUCGGAAAAGAAGUGAUCAACAGAUUCCAGACUGACUUGAGCACCAAUGCUACCUUCUACACUGACUCAAAUGGAAGGGAAAUAUUGAAACGAGUUCGGAAUUUCAGACCCACAUGGAAACUGGACCUGGAAGAACCAGUUUCCGGUAAUUAUUACCCCGUAACAUCGAAAAUUUUGAUGAGGGACACCGUUAGGAAUAUAGAGGUUGCAGUUCUUACCGAUCGCGCACAAGGGGGUUCCAGUCUGCAUGAUGGGGAACUGGAAUUGAUGGUCCACAGAAAUUGUCUCCAUGAUGAUGCGUUUGGAGUUGGAGAAGCUUUGAACGAGAAAGCCUUUGGAGCAGGCUUGGUAGCGAAAGGCUCGCAUUACUUAAUGGUUGGAAACAUCUCUUCUGACGGAUACUCCCUGGCAGCAGCAGAACGUGAUUUAGCUCAAAGAAAACUUCUGCAGGCUUGGACAUUCUUCUCGCCUGCUGAAAAACAAUCCAUCGAAGACUACAAAAGGAAAUUCGCUAUGAAUUAUUCUGGCUUAAGAAAGAGUCUACCGAAAAAUGUUCAAAUAUUAACAUUAGAACCUUGGAUAGGAACAAGUCUUCUACUUCGAUUAGAGCAUGUACUCGAAAAGGAUGAAGAUUCUACUCUCUCUCAACCUGCUAUAGUUAAUCUGAAGGCUCUCUUCACACCUUUCGAAGUAACUUCGAUUAGAGAGACGACACUAGGAGCCAAUCAAUGGUUGUCUGAAAAUAGCCGUUUACAAUUUGCAACUGAAGAUGUUAAUUUCGAAAGGAAUCCUAGAUAUAUAGUUGUGAAUGCUGAAGAUGAAUUCGAAAUUAGGCUCAAUCCAAUGCAAAUACGAACAUUUAUUGUGGACGUAGUGAGAAAAUGAUGAAAUUAUUAUAAUAUUAGGUACUCUAUAAUAAUAUCGACCAAAGUAUGUAGAUAUGAAUAAAAUAUUUUUAUAAAUC